AUGUCUUCAUUAUUCAAUUCAACUAAGACUAAUCCAAGAGGUAUCCCAGAAGCUCCAUUUGUUGAAAAGGUUGAAGAUUACAUUAAAAAACCAACUGAUUUUGAAUUAGUCUUUAAUCAAUUCCAAGAACAUUUAUCAAAAUAUAAAUUUAUGCUAGAAUCCAAGAAUUCUACUAUAAACCAAUUAAAUGUACGUAUACCAGAUAUCCAAAAUACUCUAAAGAUUUGUAAAAGCUUGUUACUACAAAAGAAUGAAGCAGAAGAUGAUGAAAAUCAAGAAAUUGAAAUGAAUUAUCAAUUAAAUGAUACUUUAUAUACCAAGGCUAAUGUAACCACAGACAAAGUUGGUCUUUGGUUAGGUGCUGAUGUAAUGAUGGAAUAUACUUUAGAUGAAGCUAUUGAAUUAUUAAAUAAGAGAUUAAGUGAUGCUAAUGAAUCAUUAACUCUUGCACAAGAAGAUGCGGAAUUUUUAAGAGAAAAUAUCACAACAAUGGAAGUUAAUUGUGCAAGACUAUACAAUUGGGAUGUUGAACAACGUUCGAAAUUACGUCAAGUUACUAAAGAGUUAUCUAUUUGA